GCGACAGAGUCAAUCUGCGCGCAACCAACCAAACAAAAUCCAACGUUAUUGAAUCGCCGCAGGCUGACUCCAUUCUAUUCCGAAACGUUUUUUUUUCGAUCAGCUAAAGUCUAAAGCAGCCGUAUUUGGGCUUUGAACCGGAAAGGUUUCGGGUUUUCCUUUCCAGCUUCCGAUAUUGGAAAUUAAAUAAUCACCGAAGUUGACAUUAACAACAGAGGAAUAGUUUUGAACAAGUAUAAUGGAUGGACGGUGGAGAUUGAGCCGGUUCAAACUCUGGGCGGCGUUGUUAAUGGCGGUGCUGUUACUGUUUCAUCAAAAUGUCAUUUUUUGCUGGUCUCUCAACGCAGAAGGUUUGGCACUGUUGAGAUUUCGGGAGGGAGUGAAGAGAGACCCAUUUGGUGCCUUAUCGAAUUGGAAUGAAGAAGAUGGAGAUAUUGAUCCAUGUUUGUGGUUUGGGGUUGAAUGCUCUGAUGGAAAAGUAGUAAUCUUGCAUUUGAAAGAUCUGUGUCUUGAAGGAACACUGGCACCUGAACUUGGGAAGCUGGCUUACUUAAAAUCUAUUAUUUUACGCAACAAUUCAUUCUCUGGAAAUAUCCCUAAGGAGAUUGGAGAAUUGAAGGAUCUGGAGCUAUUGGACUUGGGAUAUAAUAACUUCAGUGGACCAUUUCCAUCUGAAUUUGCCAAUAAUCUGUCACUGACUACCCUAUUACUUGAUAACAACAAGUUCAUUAGCAGCAUUUCCCAUGAAUUAUAUGAACUUAAGAUGAUUUCUGAAAUUCAGGCAGAUGAAAACCGGCAAAGAGUUUCGUGUAGCAGCGGAGACUUAACCUGGAACUUGGCUCACCAAGGAGACAUAGCUCACAGGAAGCUGUUGCGGGUGGUUGAUGCAGCAAAUCCACCCAAAGCCAACAAUCAUAAAGUACAUCAUAGUAGUUCUGCACCAUCACCUUCUCUGUCUCUAUUGCCACCAUCAUUUCCACCAUCAGAAUCUCCAUCAUCAUUCUCACCCUCUGAUCCAACAUUAUUGUCACCAUCAUCAUUUUCCCCCUCACAUCCUUCACAAUCUCCAUCAUUUGCUCCAUCAGAAUCCCCUUCAAGUAUCCUCUUGCCUCCUUCACCCUCACCCACAGAAUCACCAUCAUCAAUAGAAUCUGCAACUAAAGUUUCACCUGCUCCUGCACAUCCAUCAGUUGUAGUGUUUGCACCAUCAGAAUACCAUGGGAUUCCAGUGACCCCUUCUUCAAGUCCAAGUCAAGGAGUAGAUAAUGAUUUCAACUCAAACCAUGAAAUAAUUAUAAUUGCCGGUAUUGCUGGGGGUUCUUUGUUGCUUUUGAUUUCAGCUGCCGGUGCCAUCUUCUUCAGAAGCAAUAAGGUGGUCACUGUCAGACCUUGGGCCACAGGGUUAAGCGGCCAGCUGCAAAAAGCUUUUGUAACAGGUGUCCCAAAACUGAAGCGAUCAGAACUUGAAGCUGCUUGUGAAGAUUUCAGCAAUAUAAUUGGCUACUUUUUGAAUGGCACAGUGUAUAAGGGGACUUUAUCAAGUGGAGUUGAAAUAGCUGUGACAUCUACCACGGUCAUAUCCCUUAAAGAUUGGUCAAAAAAUUUACAAGCACAAUUCAGAAAGAAGAUCGACACAUUAUCAAAAAUGAACCACAAAAAUUUUGUCAACCUCAUUGGAUAUUGUGAAGAAGAUGAGCCUUUCACAAGAAUGAUGGUUUUUGAGUAUGCUCCAAAUGGAACUCUUUUCGAACAUCUGCACAUAAAAGAAGCUGAACACUUGGACUGGGGGAUGAGAUUGCGAAUAGCAAUGGGUGUGGCAUAUUGCCUUGAGUACAUGCACCAACUAACACCACCCAUAGUCCAUGAAAACCUGCAAUCGUCCUCGAUAUAUCUGACCGACGAUUAUGCUGCCAAAAUAUCAAAUUUCAGUUACUGGAAUGAUGUAACAAGUAUAAAAAUGGAAUCAGCAUCCACUGAGCUUAUGGAACUGCCGUCAAUAUAUCCAGCAAGCAAUGUUUUCAGUUUUGGGCUAAUUUUGUAUGAGAUGAUGACCGGUAGGAUGUUAUAUACAAUGGACAAAGGCUCUCUUGCAGGCUGGACAUCAGAGUUACUAAGAGGGCAGCAAAGCUUAGAGGGAAUGGUAGAUCCAACUCUAAAAUAUUUCCGAGAAGAUGAACUUGAGAAAUUGCUUUCAGUGAUAAAAAGCUGUAUCCACCAUGAUGCCAAACAGAGACCAACGAUGUGCGAGGUUGUGGCCAAGUUAAAGGAGAUCAUAUCAAUGGGACCUGAUGAAGCAACUCCCAAAUUAUCUCCUCUUUGGUGGGCAGAACUUGAAAUUUUGUCCACAGAAGGAAGUUGAGGUGGAAUUUUAGCCUGAAGUAUGAAUUUAAGGAUUCUUUUCAUGCUCUUUUAACUAUUUUUCCCCCUGAUCCUGUUUCAGUAGCAGUGGUUUCUGAGGUAGAUAAUGCCUGUAUCUGAUGUGUGCAGAGAAAAUGAUAUGUCUAUAGCUGAAAAAGGGUGACCACUUGUUUCUAAUUUCUUCUUCUUUCGCCUUAUUAAAGCUGGUUGUGUACAUUUGAAUACAAUAAAUUCAGGCUUGUCCAAUACUAAAAAAUGAUCAAAACAAUAAUGUUCGAAGUCAAAUACUGUUUUAAUAUUAAAACACCUACCUUCCUUUCUUUAGUUA